AUGACCAGCAUGACUACAGCAGCACCUAUAACUCCACAAUUUUAUCACAUGAUAAGCAUACCCGAGUUUGUGCCAAACAGUGAAACGUUUGCAAUUUGGAAAGAAAAAUUUGAAAUACACAUGUGCGAGCAAAGUGUGAGUGAAGAAAAUGCAAAAAAAUCAACGUUGUUGAAAUCAAUUGGAACAGGCCCGUAUGGUGUAUUACACAGUUUAUGCAGUCCAGAUUCACCUGUAUCAAAGUCAUACAAGGAAAUUUGCGAAAUACUUUCAACGCACUACACACCACCUACACUUGUUUUUCGAGAACGAAAAAAGUUUCAUAUGGCAGUCAAAGGCGAAAAUGAGACAAUUGCAGAAUGGUAUGCCCGUUUAAAACAGUUGGCAUGUAGCUGUAAAUUUGGUGUCUAUUUGGAAGCAUUCGUACUUAACCAAUUUGUGAUGAGUCUUCCUAAUGCAAUAUUUGAACGCAUGUGCGAAGAAGAUGAACGUCUAUCUCUUUCUGACGCACUAAGAAAGGCAAUGAUAAUGGAGACCAAAGAUUUUGCAAAGAGGACAGGAGAGAACAUCAGUUACGUGAACAGAAGCAGCGCAAAUCAAAGAAAAAAGCGAAACUGCAACAAUAGAAACAACGGCAGUUAUGACACUGGAAGUUUCAAGGGCAACGGAAGAUCACAUGGGAUGAACUUCAAAAGCAGUAGCAGCGACGGUAGUGACGGCGACGCAGGCAGAGGCAAAAAGCAGCAGAAAUUCUGUGUGCACUGUGGUUGGAAAAAUCAUCGAUCUGAAGAGUGCAAGUACAAACAUCUAAAUUGUCACACUUGUGGGAAGAAGGGUCAUUUGGCGAGCGUAUCGUGGCACCAACUUCUUCUGGUGAGGUUUACGUGUUACCGGUUACAAUUGAUGGUUGUAACAUGAACGUCACUUGCGAUACUGGAGCAUCUUGUACAAUUAUUCCAUAUUCAGUUUAUGAGAAGGCAGUGAUGAAGAAGCCGCUCAGAGAAUGUAAUGUUCCGUACAUGGACUACAAUGGUCGUCUUAUUGAAAUUGUCGGUGAGUACGAUGCAACAAUUGAAUAUCGAGGCAUAAGAAAAGAAAUGGUUAUAGUAGUUGCGAAAACAAUGAGUCCAGCUUUACUUGGUAGAACAUUUUUGAGAUCGUUUAAUUUUGAAUUAGUUCAAGUUAACAAUGUUAGCGAAAGUGAACAACUCUCUGUACUUACAAAACAAAUAAAAAGUGAAUUUGCAGAUGUGUUUAGACCCGAAUUAGGUUCUUUUAAUGGGAGCAAAAUUAUGUUACAAAUAGCGGAAAACACCAAGCCAAUAUUUUUCAAGCCUAGGCCGCUACCAUUAGCAUGGAAAGACCGCGUUGAACAAAAAUUACGCGCUUUGAUUGAGUUAGGAGUUUUAGAACAAGUUGAUAGUUCUGAUUGGGGAACCCCAUUGGUUCCGAUUCUUAAGCCAGAUGGUGAUAUAAGAAUUUGUGGAGACUACAAAGUUUCCGUAAAUAGAUCAUUAGUCGAUGUACGAUAUCCGUUACCACGAAUUGAUGAUAUUUUUGCAGCACUUCAAGGAGGCGUAUUAUACACUAAACUUGAUUUAAGCAAUGCUUAUAACCAGUUGCACCUAGAUGAGCAAUCUCAGUUGUUGUGCACAUGGAGCACACAUAUUGGACUUUUAAAAGUCAAACGAUUACCUUUUGGUAUAAAAACAGCAGCAGCAAUAUUCCAAAAGACAAUGGAAUGUUUAUUCCAAGGAAUAAAAGGAGUCGUAGUUUAUCAGGACGACAUUACAGUAACAGGAAGCAAUC